AUGUCUUCUUCUGAGAAUUUGUUUGACGACGAAACAUUGCACUUGAGUCCUUUCUGUUCUAUUGGAUCACCGGACCCACGUAUUUCAGGAUCACCAGAUCCAUGUAAUCCGGAAUCACCAGACCCAUAUAUUCUGUUAAUGGAUUUUCUGGAGAACGAAUCUAUUGAACUUAUCUCUGACUCGAUGAACGAAAGUAAUCCCUUAAUGUCAUCUCAACAAUCAAAUCUAGUGGAAGAUCAAGGGAUAUCAACACUACUACAAGAUCCACUUGAAAUGCAGCAACAGCCGCAGCAGCAACACCAAGUCCUGCAACAACAACCACUAGAGAAUUCGUCUAACUUGUGGUUACAAAAUAACUUAAGAGACGAUUUUUCAAGUAUAUCUUUGCUAAACAAUUUUCAGGAGUCAAGUGUUUUUGCAAAGAACCAAAUAGAGAUUGGUCAAGUGGCGCAAGAAAAUAAUGGAUUUGCACAUCCAACUAUGACUAGUUCUCCAAUUCUUCCAGCACCUUUGUUACAUGGAGAUCAUUUUGAUGCAUUUGGAUCAUAUUCUCAGUCUCAAUCACUUGGGUCACAAAACUACCCGUCUUACCAGACACCUCGACCAGUCACUUCUUCUGCUAACAUGUAUGGUCAGCAACCUCCCCAAAUGAAUUUCACUGGUAGACAAAAUGAACCUAACAAUUCAAGGAUGGUUAACAAUUCAGCUAUGACAUAUCCUUUCCAAAACCAACCUAAUAUCAUGCCUACCUUUAAUCUUGCUCCACAAAGUAACAUUCCAUACAUACCCAGACCUCAAGUCUCUUCGAGUUUUCCCAGGCAUCUUGAUGGCAUGCAAAGAUCAGUAAAUCAGUCUUCAUCGAGGCUAAGGUUCUCCGACCUUAACACUCCGAUGCAGAUACAUCCAUAUGCUAACUCAUUCAUACCUCCACAGGACGAAGUUGUGGGAUCUAAGCGACGAGGUUACGAAAAUCGGUUUGAAUUGGGACAGUCAUCAUCUUCGGCUCAGCGUCAGAGAGUUGUACCAGGAGGCCAAAAUAUUACUCCAGCUGCUGUGAACCUUGAUGAGCCGAGGCAAACAAAUAAUAUAUACAGUCCAAUAUAUGAAAGCCUCGGUUUAUAUGUUGAUCCUCACUUGAGAAACUACUUCUUUAUGAGGACAGACUAA